AUGGAUAUGACCUCAGCAGCGGAUGCCCGAAGCUGGUACGAUAACCAACGUUUGGGUGGAUCGCCGAGCACUUCGGCCGCUGCUCUGGGGCACCAGUCGGCGACAGCGGGUGUUGAUCCCACGGAGAUGAACCCAUUCUAUCCCCUCGAAAAUGGCACCCACCGUCGGUAUUAUCCCAGCAGCUAUGGACCACACGCAUCCCGCAUGGCAUCAUCGCAUGUAACGCCCCAGGUGUGCAGACCGCACUUUCACGGCCCAUUGUCCUGGUUGAGCGAUCCAGCUAAACCGAUCGCAUCCGGCAGUGCCUGGGGUAGCCCGUUUGCUUGUCCCCAAGAUCCACAGGAAAAGCUGAGCCAAGCGGCGGUAGCUGCCGCAGUGAUAGGUCCGGGUGGUAGCCAAAGUGGCGGUAGUAGUCAGCAUCUGUUCUCGUUUCCGCCAACGCCCCCGAAGGACUCCACCCCGGACUCAGUACAAACUGCACCUGCCGAGUACCAAGCAACAAUCAAUGCCUUCAUGCAUCAGGCCCAAGUAACUUCGAGCUGUAUUGCUCAGCAAGCAGCAGCCGUUGCCGCUCAGGAGAACUGUGUACUGGAUGUGAAACCUUGUCUCACGGGGAGCUCCCUAGGACUGGGAGCAAAUGGCAGUGGUGGUAACGGUGCAAGUGGUUCCGGAGGUAAUAGUGGCAGCAGUGGACAAAACCAGCCAAAGCAACGGGAAGGUACGACCCUGAACGCGACCAGUGCUAGUGGUAGUAAUAACCAAACUCAUAGCGGUUCCAAUAGUGCAUUGUUCGAUACCGCCGGGCAUGGAUCGUACGCCGGUGGAUACGACACGGUUGGCUACGGCUAUCAUCACCAGCAAAGUGGUUCGUUUCAACAUAACUCACGAUCUACGGUUAUGAAUAGUUCAUAUAUGAAGCCGCAGCGGACGAAGGCUCGAACUAGUGCCGAAGGCCGAGAGUGUGUGAACUGUGGUGCUACGUCAACGCCUCUGUGGCGACGGGACGGUACCGGUCAUUACCUGUGCAAUGCCUGCGGCCUUUACUACAAAAUGAACGGCCAAAAUCGUCCACUAAUCAAACCGAAGCGAAGACUAGUUAGCUCACUACAAAGCGCCGCGAGAAGAGCUGGUACGUCAUGCGCUAAUUGCAAGACCACCACGACGACGCUAUGGCGGAGGAACCAAGGAGGAGAGCCUGUUUGCAACGCCUGCGGGCUGUACUACAAACUGCACAAUGUGAAUCGACCGCUCACGAUGAAAAAGGAAGGGAUUCAAACGAGAAAUCGAAAGCUUUCGUCCAAAUCGAAAAAGAAGAAGGGACUUCCCGGAUCGUGUCUUCCGCUGGGCAGUCAUCAUUUAGGCGAUCUAAUGAAGCCACUGGACCACAACAAAUCUUUUCCCGGGGCGUUUCCCGGUUCAAUGGGGCAACAUAGCCAUCUCUCGGGAGGGUUGCAUCCUGCGCAUACACACAUGCAUGGCGGCUGGUACACUACUGGCAUGGGUGGCCUUGGAUCAACGAGCAGCCUACAAAGCGGUUUUGGUGGAGCAACGUCACUAGGCGGGGGCAUGGGACCGCACACACAAUCUUACCACCUAGGACUAAACUCAAUGAGUUGGCGUUCGGAGUACACGUGA